AUGGCGCUGCCACUGCCGCCAGGCCUCGUGCCCUCCGAGGUUGGGUUCCUCUGUGAGAUGGAGCUUGUCACCGUCGUCCCGCGCCAGCGCCUCGAGCCCAUCUCCCUGCUCUCCGGCGAGACCCCGGCACUGCGCCCUCCACACCGCAGCAACAUCCCGCUCUGGCUCGCCCUCCUCCUCAAGAAGCAGCGGCGCGCCAACAUUGUCGCACCGCCCUGGCUGCACCCGGAUUCGCUCCGCGACAUCAUCCACCACGAGACCAAGAUUGACACCAAGGGCUGGGCGCCGCCGCCUCCUCUGCCCGCGCGUGGAGACGCCCGCGGCAAUGCGCGCCGCUACGGCCAGGGCACUAGAGACGCACAAGAUGGCGCGAGCGGCUCCGACAAGACGGUCCUCUCGCCGCCCUUUCUCCCCUCCUGCACCUCCAACGCGCCCACAGGCGCCCUGCCUUAUCACUGGCUCGAGCUCGCCGAGAUGCUCCUCGCCCACGCUGCCGACGAUGUGCCCUCCGCGUCCGAGGUGCGCUCACUGCUGCGCGAUUUGCAGGAGGUGCGCGCCGCCAAGAUGCGUGCCAGCACGGCCCAGCUCGAGGCUGGCGUGGACGGAGUCAUGAGCCUCCGCGGCGUCGGCGCCAUGGAGCUCGCCGAGAGCAGAGGCUUCGUUGUGGGCGUUGUCGAAGGCGUGAGGAAGAUUGGCUCCAGCGCCGAGGCGGUGCGCCGCGAGGAAGAGGAGGAGCGUGGCGGAAGGGAUGACGAUGACGAGCCCAGCGACGACGAUAUGGGUCUGUAA